GAAGCGAAGACGAGAAGAAAGGCAGCUGGGCCGGCUCCUACGGUGGCCGGAGAGGGACGCGCGGGGCCGGAGGCUGCAGGAUGAUGCGAUUUAUGCUGCUGUUCAGCCGUCAGGGAAAGCUGAGGCUGCAGAAAUGGUACCUGGCCACGUCAGACAAGGAGCGCAAGAAGAUGGUUCGGGAGCUGAUGCAGGUGGUCCUGGCCCGGAAGCCCAAGAUGUGCAGCUUUCUCGAGUGGAGGGACCUCAAAGUGGUUUAUAAAAGAUACGCCAGCCUCUACUUCUGCUGCGCCGUCGAGGGCCAAGACAAUGAGCUCAUCACCCUUGAGCUGAUCCACCGAUACGUGGAGCUGCUGGACAAAUACUUUGGCAGUGUGUGCGAACUGGAUAUCAUCUUUAACUUCGAGAAGGCCUACUUUAUCCUGGAUGAGUUCCUGAUGGGGGGUGAUGUCCAGGACACCUCCAAGAAGAGUGUGCUGAAGGCCAUUGAGCAGGCUGACCUGCUUCAGGAGGAGGAUGAGUCCCCUCGCAGUGUGCUGGAAGAGAUGGGUCUGGCCUAGCCUGCCAGGUCCCUGUGGAGUUGGGGAGCCCGGGCAGGAAUGCUUCUCUGGGAGGGACCCAGCACACCCUGCUCUGGAGUGAGCUGGGGGUUCUGCAUCCUCGAAAGUUGAUUCCCUCCUGCCGCUCUUGCACUCAGAUGGAGGGAGAUGAGACCCAAAUGGGGGUGCUCUGGCUUUGCACCCCUGUCUUUGAGGAUCCAGUACCCCCUCCACUCCGUCUGUAAAUAUAUAAAUAUGUCAGGUUCGAGGUUGGGGGCUUUUCCCUGCCUCCCACCUACCUCCAGCCCUCCUGCAGCUGGCCCUGGGGAGGCCUCCAUGCAAUCUGGGAAGGUCUGCCCCCCUCUUGCUUGGCACGGUGCCCUCCUUCUGGGGCCAGGAACUGAGUUAAUUUUUGUCUAACCUGCCACUUGGAGGGCAGGGAGUGCCAGGCAAGUGGGCAGGCUAGGGAACCAGCCUCUGCUCUUUGGGUCCCUGUGGGGCGGAACUGCUGCCUUGGUUCUUUCCCUGGUGAAAUAAAAGAGGAACCUUU